AUGGCAGAAAAAAAUUACAGAUUAGAUCCGAUCUUUCAAUUAUAUGAUCCAAUUCGUUAUUCGUUUAAUAAGAAAAAAGCUGAUUACAUUAUCAUAUCACCAACCGUUGGCUCUAGGUCUCAACUAAAUGAUGGGGGUAGGGUCACUUUCGAGAUUUAUUCAUUAUCGAAUUGGUUGCUUCUUUCCGAUGCUUAUUUCAGAUGCGAUUUCAAAAUCAAAGACGGCAAUCAGAAUCGUGUACCACAAACCAAUACAACGUUAGAAAACAAUUUCUUUCCAUCUUUAUUUACUGAAAUGGUUUUGGAAACUGGUUCAAAUCCCAUAGAAACCAUCAAACACCCUGGGGAAUUUGACACGAUGUUGAAAACAGUUCUAUAUCCCAAAAACUACGAUUCAACCUCAGGCUGGAUACCCGAUGUUGGCGAUGGAAAUGUUUUAAAAGAACCGGUAAGAAAUCUUGCAAAUGAUGCUGAAUUAGCUAGAGUGAGAGUUGUUGCUCGAAACACAAUAGAAAAAGUAGCACGAGCAGCUAAUCAUGGAUUCGAAAAACGAGUAGUUCAGUACAAUAAUGUUGUUGAGAAUAAUAGGUGGGGUAAUUACGUAAAUUGGAAAUUAUAUCCUUUAUUCGGUCUGUUGGAACACAGAAAGGUUUCAUUAGGGUUAGCAUAUAAAAUUCAUCUACAAAGAGAAAUCAAUGAUGAUAAGAUAUUCUUUGGAGAGAAUGCUUCAGAUGCAAAAUUAGAAAUAACGAAUCGCCAUCUUUACAUAUCCGUAAUAACACCAUCAAUUGAAGUAGAAACAAGAAUAUUCAACUCAUUAACUAAAGAUAUUGAAAUAGCUUUUCUUCGUCGCAAUACAAUAGGCAGCAUAACUUUAACUGGAGAAUCCACUACAUGGCCAAUCACUAACACUAUUAAACCAGCAAGAUAUUUAAUGGUUGGUUUCAGGAACUUACCAGAUUCUCAAACGAAUAACAAUAAUGUCUUCAGAGUGGCAAUGAACCAAACUCAAGAUCCUUUAAUCCGUAAAGUUCAAAUUAAAUAUAAACAUUGUGAAGUUAGAGAUGAUAUAGAUUUGGAAAGAAUUGACAAGAGUGUAAAGGAAGGUGGAUUUUUACCUUUCCUACCUUUGAUAUUUGCUGGUCUGGCCGCGGCUAGUGCAGCAACUGGUGAGAUAUCUGCCGCAGUCAAAGCAGCCAAAGCCAAAAAAGCAGCUGAUGCUGAAAAAAGUGAAAAGCGUAGACAUAAUAUGGAAAUGGAAAAAAUAGCUCAAGGUUCGGGAGUAGCAGAUAUAUUAGGGACAGUUAAAGAAUUUGGAAAUCGAUUUAGUGAAGAAACCAAAAAAACUGUUAAAGAGGGAUUAAGUAAUAUAUACCAAAGAAAAGCGUUCAGAACAUAUUUAAAUAUUAUGAAGACAAAGAUGAGAUAG